ACGCGUUGGCGUGGGGUCUGUCCUUCGCCAGCUUCCGUACCACCACCAGGAAACUACUGCUACAGCUGUUCAAUUCAUUUUCUGCACUCGGACGUUUACCCUCUCGUCUGCCGUAUUGCUAAGAUUUAAAGGACUUUAUUCAAAAUGAAGAAAAGACCUGAAGGCAAAGCUGGUGCUGCUAAAAAGGAAGCAGAAGAUGGACAACGCAGCACAGCCGAGGUUAAAAGCCAACUUUCUCACAGUUCUGUGCUCAUGAACAUUGGAAAGUGUUUGCUUUUAUUCAUCAUCAUCCCUCCAUUCCUCAACUAUGCAUCACUGCAAAGAGAAGGACAGACGCUGCUGCCAAAAGAUGGCCAGAUGGUAGAUGUCGGCUUGGGUCAAAGAAUGCAUCUUUUAUGUAAAGGACAGGGAAAACCAGUUGUUAUACUAGAUGCACCAACUGGAAUGUCAUCAGACAUUUGGUUUUAUGUCCAAGAGAGUGUCGCCACAUUGACAAAGGUUUGUACCUAUGACCGAAUGGGGCUGGGAUUUAGCAAACGUCUGAUGCAGAAUGAAACCACAGGAACUGAGAAGUUUUGGGGGAUUUCCACAACUGGACGGAUGGUGGAUGAUCUGCACCGUCUGUUGCUGGCUGCUGGGAUCGCCGUGCCCUUCAUAUUGGUUGGCUCGGAGAUAGGCACACUCAACAGCAGGUUCUACAGUCACAUACAUGAUGUGCAUGUGACAGAUCUGGUGUUGAUUGAUCCUAUCCCAGAGGACAUUUUUGAAGAGGAGCAGUGGAAAGAGUACUGGUAUGGUAAGCUGCUGCCGUCCCUUCAAGCCAAGCAGUUUUCAGCAGCUUCCGGGCUGAGCCGCUUGCUGAUUAUCCUGGGAGCCAUUGAACCAACUAUCAAAGAAAAUGUCUCUGAGGAGAUCAUCCAGAGGCAGAAAUACCUUUUAAGUAACCCUGCCCAUCAGAGUAGUGCUGUGGAUGAACAUUACUUUCUGAAUGAAAGUGCAGCUCAAGUAAGGGACAUCACGCGAUAUAAGCCUCUCUCCAGCAGGACCUCAGUAAGCGUGAUCACUGGGGAUUCCUUUGACCAGCAAAUCCCACAUCACCUAAAUCAAAUGGUAUCCAAGCUUCAAAAGAAGUUUCUGGAGGAGUCCUACCCAUCAGUCGAUCACAUUCACAUAAAAGGAGUAGACCGUCGAAUGAUCUACAAGAAGCCAUCUGCCAUCAGCCAGUACCUCAGGAAGCUAGUCAACCAGCGACAAGCCAAACAGCACAGCCAGUGACCCGUGGCCAAGAUAAAUAGGAAAUAUACUUAGGCAGAACCAUAGAUAAAAAUUUCAUAUAAUUACCCUGUAAAACAUUCAAGAUAUGUUUUUCUUUUCCCUCCAGCGUAAUGUAGAGAUUAUCUGUAAGACCAGUGAGGUUCAUAAUGUAGUCAAUUUCACAUUUUCUUCAACUGUUUUGCUCUGUUGCAAGCGUCAAUUGAGGAUAGCUGGAGGGGAUUCAGCUUGAUAAAAUAUUUGCUGUCUUGGACUGAGAAAAUCUUAUCAUAUAGGUUGUUAUUUCAGACUCUACCUGGUUGGCCACGACCAAAGACGAGCAUUUUUCUAAUCAUUGGAAAGGCCACACACUUCACUGCUAAACCUGAUACUUUCAUAUCAUGCAGUUGUCUUAAUAUUCAAAAAUGUAAUAACCAUAGGGUAGUGUACGUAUAUGUAUAUAAAACGUCUACACACC